CGGUAGUGUUCACCAUGGUAACGGAACGCCUGUUCUGUUGUGUGUGUAUGUGAAACCAAACAUUGAGAGACUGAGCCGCCUCGGUAACUCAUCAUAACUCAUCAUAACUCAUCAUAACUCAUCAUAACUUCAUCAACAACGGAGAAAAGUCGACGUUAAGUUUGACAUCUUGAUGUUUUUAAAAUGCUGCUGAGUCAAAGAAGAACAAAAUGUCGGGAGUUCACGGGACCGACGCCUCAUUCAGUCGCUUUGAGAGCCAAGUUCCCGUCCAGGAGGCCGGUGGACCAUCUGAUCCUGGACAGACAGAAGCAGGACGCUGCCAGAGAAGAGAUCCAGGACUUCACCAAGCACCAGCAGAGCUUCAACAUCAAGACUUCAUGGCUGCAGACUUCAGACCAACGCUUCCUCAAAGGAUCCGUCCAGAGACAAGUCCGAGCUGCUCUGACCCACCAGGAGGUCCACGUGGACCAGAGGAGGGACAGGCUGCGUGUGCUGCUGGAGGAGGAGGAGCAGCAGCUCCUGCAGGAGAUGGAGGAGAAGAUGGAGACUUCGGUGGAGAGACAGGCGAAGAUGAGAGAACGAGCCAAAGCUCUGAGAGAGAGGAGAGAGACAGACAGGCAGAAGAUGGUCUCAGAGAAGAUGGAUCAGCUGUUCAGGGACCAGUGUGAGGAGCUGCGGACGGUGCAGAGCCAGCGCAGAGAGCAGCAGGUGUGUUUGGAGCGAGCGGCUCAGCUGGAGAGUCAGCAGCAGCAGCGUCAGCGACAGCGGCAGGAAGAACAGCUGUUUGCUGAGCUGUGGGACGCCGACCGGCGAGCCAAAGACCAGAAAGCGGAGCAGGAAGCUCAGCAGCGUCAGACCAGGAACCUUCAGACGCUGGACGCCAUCAGGACUCAGAUGGAGGCAGCGGAGCAGCAGAGACAGAAACACAAAGAGCUGAGAGAGGAGGAGGCCGCGCUCAUGCGUCAGCAGCAGGAGAUGCAGCAGCUGCAGCUGCAGCGUGAGCAGCAGCUGACCCUCCAGCAGCAGCAGCAGCACCGGAGGCAGCUGGAUCAGGGUCUACGGAUGAAGAUGAAGCGUCUGGCCCGGGAGCAGCAGGACCAGCUGGAGCUGGACAUGAGCAUCCUGCAGACGCUGCUGCAACAGGAAACGGACCAGAAACAGGAAGCUGCUCACAGGAAGGUGGAGCUGCGUGAGGAGCAGCAGCGCUACCGUCAGUACUUAUCAGCGGAGCUGCAGAAGCAGAGGAGGGAGGAGGAGGAGACGGAGCAGCUGAUGGAGGACAAACUGAAGGAGGUGUGGAGUAAACGAGAGGAGCAGAGCCGGCUGCAGAGAGAAGCCAGAAACAGACUGAUGCAGGAAGUGAUGGAGGCUCGCAGUCUGCAGAUACUACACAAACUGGAGCUGAACAUGAAGAGUCAGGCGGAGUUGUCCAAAGAGAGAGACGAUCUGAACAGAGCGAUGGAAGAGAUGAAGCUGAUGGACAACAAGGAGAAAAGACGGCAGCAGCAGAGGACUGAGUCCUACCAGGCCGACCUGCAGGCUCAGAUGAAGUACCAGCAGCAGCUCCUCUUCCAGCAGAAAGCUCAGGAAGAGAGGGAGCACCAGCAGGGUCUGAUGCUGCAGGACGAGUACCAACGCAAGAAGGACCACAUCCUGUCCAGACCCUCGUCUCACACCGCCGGCACCGCCGUCCAUCCGUUCAGACAGACAGACAGGUCCAGAUCUGCCCCCAGACACCCCCCCGCACACGAUGCUCUUUAAAACAUCUAAAUAAAAGUCUGAGAGCUUUGACU